AUGAUGACAUUGGCACCAUCCCUUAAGCUCUUGAAGAUAAAUUACUACAUCUGGGUGAUGAAUAUGGAGGUAUAUCUUGAUUCUCACGAUCUUUGGCAAGUGAUAGUCAAAGAGAAUGUACUCAAGAAGAAAGACCAACUGACAUUGUUAACAACAUUCAGCGCAAUUCAUGAAGAGAUAAUGAUUGUGCGUGAUGCAAAGAAGACGGUGAAAGAGAACUAA